AUGGCAAACCGACUUCCCACUCCCCCUGAGUGUGCUGUGUCGCAUAAGAUACCUAUUCAGUGGUACGAGCUUGUGAUAGAUGUCGAGUUAGAAAGACCAAGUGCAGUGGAUUCCCACCAUGUACACGGUGCCAGCGGGAUGGUUUUGUCUGCACCACUGAAAGAGCAGUGCGGGGCUUUAGGCGACUGUCGCCAGGAAGUGUUCCGGGAAACGCACUCUGCUCUCAAAGCAACCAUUCAGUGUCUUUACCUCAUGCUGCGCAAUGGAGACACUUGGGACUUCGAUGAACCUGAACGAGACGAUAGCGGGGAACUCAUAGUUCACGAUAUUGUUCAUAAACUAGGCUUCGCGCUUCCAAGCCCGGAAGUUGAGUCACCAACAUCCCCCGCGGUUUUAGAAAGUGAAGCGAGCCCGGAAGAGAGCGCCAGUCAACACGGGAAGGAAAUUGAAGACCAAAUCCUCAAGAAGGAGGCCUUGUCACUAGAUACAGGGUUAUUCACGCCUUGCCAAGAGGAGCAAUUACCACCGGAAGAGGUUGAUGAAACCUAUACCGAUAGUUCGAAGGAAUCCAUUGAUCACAGUGUUGGUGGUGACACUCUGAGUACCUUGGCACAGCAAUGGGUCGACGCUUUCUAUAUGGACUUGUCAGCGCCAACCUGGGGGGCAGAUAUGAUGACUGUGAAUUGGCCGCAACCAGCUUUAAUGUCUGAGGUCACUACCGAGACUGAGACAGAUAACUUGCCUCUACUGUUUCAACCAACAGGUUUCAAUAUGUGA